AUCCUUGGCAAAAUGAUUACAUGUUUCCUAUAUCGCAUCGGAUUUUCUUAUCACCUUGCACCAGGAAAUAGUUGCACUACUUUCCCAAAGGUUCUGUUUUGCAUAGCAAACCGCAAUAGAUUUAGAUGGAUGAAACUAAAAUAUGAAUAGUAUCAAUAAUAAGUUUCGAUAUGCGGCCUACCAAUAUCCGGUAUUAAAGCUAUAAAUUAUUGCAAUGCUCGUGGUUAGAAUAGUGACAUGCUUAUCGUACAACAGUGAUUUAGUUUUUGCAGCACUAGUGUGACAGUUUCCGAGAGGUCCAAAUGGUGAGGGUUUUAUAUGAAGCACCCUGUAUACAGAAUUUUUCAGAAAGUUGAACUUGUUUUCUUAACUGAUAAAAUUAGCAAGCUGAAAUUUGGGACUGUGGAAUUAUUGCAUAUUAGAGCUUCUUAGAUUUAUCUGUACUUUAUCUUUGAAUUCUGUCAAAAUGCCACAACUGGACAAAGCAGCGACACAAUUAGAGGACUGGGCAAAGUCAAACAAAACCAAGCCCGAUCAUCUAACCAUCAAUUCCGGGAUCGCUCCACCAUUUAUAGACAGCAGUCUCACAGUAGGAAGAUAUGGACCCAUUGUGCUCACUGACCAUUUUCUCACGGAGACACUUCAGCACUUCAAUAGAGAAAGGGCACCUGAGAGAGUCGUCCAUGCUAAGGGAGCCGGAGCUUUUGGAUAUUUUCAGGUAACUCAUGAUAUCACAAAACUAUCUGUUGCCAAGGUAUUUGAAUCAAUUGGCAAAAAGACACCAGUUGUUGUGAGAUUUUCGCAGGUGGCUUCAGAUUUAGGUAGUCCUGACACAGUUAGAGAUCCCAGGGGAUUUGCUAUCAAGUUUUAUACGGAAGAAGGGAAUUGGGAUCUGGUUGGCAAUAACACUCCAAUCUUCUUCAUGAGGGAUCCCAUUCUCUUUCCGAUGUUCAUACAUUCUCAGAAGCGUAACCCCCAGACUAACAUGAGAGAUUGGAACAUGUUUUGGGACUAUCUCUCCAGUUUUAGCCGACCAGAGUCAGUCCAUCAGGUGAUGUUUCUCUUUAGUGAUCGUGGCAUUCCAGACGGACAUCGACACAUGCAUGGUUAUAGCUCCCACACAUUUUCUUUGAUUGGUCCAAAUCGGAAGCUGACAUGGGUUAAAUUCGUAUGGAAGACAGAUGGCGGUAUCAAGAAUCUGGAUCCAGAGAAGGCGACACAGAUUGCUGGAGUAGAUCCUGACUAUGCAGUUAGAGAUUUGUUUGACUCGAUAGAGGACGCCAAGAAAAAUGGAAACUAUCCAUCAUGGACAUUUUAUAUACAGACGAUGACACCAGAAGAAGCAAAACAACAGAAGUUCAAUCCAUUCGACAUAACAAAGGUUUGGCCCCACAGCAAAUUCCCGUUACAACCUGUAGGAAAACUCGUACUAAAUCGAAAUCCAGCAAACUAUUUUUCUGAUAUUGAACAACUAGCCCUUAAUCCUUCCAACAUGGUGCCUGGAGUUGGAGCUUCUCCAGAUCGUUUGCUGCAGGGUCGGCUUUUUGCCUACCGAGACACCCAGUACUAUCGUAUUGGACCGAACUAUGAACAACUACCAGUGAAUCGACCAAUGAACAGGGUUGCCAAUUUUGAACGUGAUGGUCAAUGUGUCAUACAAAACCAAGGUAGUGCUCCUAACUAUCAUCCCAAUAGUUUUGGAGGUCCAGAUGCUCAGAUCAACAUCAAGGAAAAGACGGUACCACCUCAGGAAGUAAACGGUUCCAUAGACUACUACGAUCUUGGUGAUGAGGACAAUUUCAGUCAACCCCGUCAUUUUUGGACUAAGGUGUUGGAUGCAGGUGCUAGAACAAGAAUGGUUGACAAUCUAGUGGCUACAAUCAAACUGGUGAGCGAAGACAGCGUACGUCAGAGAGCCAUAGAUGUUUUCUCCAAUGUGGAGAAAAAGAGCAAACAACUGAAAAGUUCAAAGUGCAAAUUAAGCAAUAACGACGCCAGUAAACGUCUGAUCCGUCAUGUGUUCUGGACGAAAAUGGAAACCACAUUCAAGGACUGCAGAAAUAAGGGCCGAGUGUAUAAUUGUUCUCUGUUUGAGGCAAAUAGGUUUAUGAAAGAUGAUGGCUGUAUACAUUAUCUGGUAGGAAAUAUCAAUGUUAAUAUAAUGUCUGAUAAUUGUGAUGUUGCAAAUACAUAAUUAUUUAAAAGUACUGG